UGACAGGUUACUUUUGAAGACUUCCAGUCAACUGUUUUCAAGUCAGAUUUUUGUGCUGACCUUGUGGAUCAUUUAAAAUGUUUUGGAGUUUGACAAUGGCUUUGGUUCUCAUGGCAGUAGUUGAUGCCUGUCCAAUUAUCUGCAAAUGUGAAGAUUUUGACAUCAUAACCUGUUCGAACCAAAACCUUCUGAAGUUUCCUCACCUCCCCCAGGGUACAAGGCAAUUAUAUGCUACACAUAACAAAAUAGAGGCACUCCCGAAUGAAGGUUUGGAAGAAUUGUUGGUUCUAGAUCUAACCAAUAAUCGCUUAAAUUUGUCACUGACUUCUGACAGCAUUUGGCAGAACAUGCGUAAUCUUACCAAGCUAUUUCUUGCAGGAAAUGCACUAAAUAUAUUAACACAAAGACAAUUUCAAGGAUUAGCAAAUCUUAAAAUAUUAGACCUCAGUGACAACGACAUUGAUACUCUGCCUCAGAAGUUUCUUUAUGGUUUGAUUAACCUUAAAAUCCUUAAUCUGAAUUUUAAUCAAAUUUUCAGUUUAUCUUAUGGGGUCCUGGAGGGAGCUCCUGCCCUGAUGGACCUCCAACUAAAAAGCAAUAAGAUUAAGAUGAUAGCGAUGGAUGUAUUUGAAAACUGCACCAAUCUGUCUAAACUGUAUCUGUCACAAAACAAUCUGAAAAGUGUAGGCAAUGAAAUAUUUAAGGGUGCAACAGCACUGGAUCACCUUGAUCUUAGUCGAAAUGGGUUAACUGCGAUACAUAUCGGGUUCCUCAGCAACAACCCAAAUCUCACUAGCCUCUAUCUUCAGAGAAAUGACAUCACUAGUGUUCCUGAGGAUGUUUUCUCAGACAAUCCUGGAUUGAAGCAUUUGGACUUGAGUUAUAAUGCUCUCGUUUCUCUGGCCGCCGGUUCCCUAAGAGGUCUGUCCCGUCUGGGUGCAUUAGAUCUGAGUUUCAAUCAACUGAAGUCCUUAACUUCACAAGCGUUUCAAGACUUGGAGAAUCUCGAGGACCUUAACCUUUAUCACAAUAAUCUGAAGUACCUUCCGGAUGAUUUGUUCAACAAUUCAAGCAACAUAACAGAGCUCCAGUUGGAUAACAAUAAUAUUUCUGUUAUUCCACCCAACCUAUUUCACCCACUUCACAAAUUAUGUGAUCUACAGUUGGAUAACAAUCGCAUUUCAAAGCUUAGCCCACAAACAUUUAUGAUGCUGACAAAGCUUAAGGAACUUGACCUAAGCAACAAUGUUCUUGAGGAGAUUCCAAGGCACCUCUUUCAAAAGACAAAACAUCUGAGGGAUCUACAUCUGGACAACAAUCACAUCCACUACAUUUCAAAGUCAUCCUUUCAUGGUCUUAAAAGACUGCACACACUGAAACUCAACAACAACAGACUGUCAAGUUUACAUGAAAAUCUACUGACUAAUCUCAGUAGGUUACGGGAGUUAUGCCUGAAUGACAACCAGAUAAAAAUCAUCCCUGUUGGAUUUUUCACAGGACUUACAAACUUGAAGAUUCUAGAUUUGUCCAACAAUAAUCUGCAUUACCUGUCCUCGUCAGUUUUUAAAGAUCUGUCCAUACUGAAAUUGCUGGAUCUGAGCUACAAUAAACUCAACGCACUUCCAGAAGACCUCUUUUCAUCUUUGAGAAAUCUUCAAAGGCUCCACCUGCAAGCAAACCAGCUGUCAUACUUGCCCACCAAAGUGUUUUCAGCUCUGACCAAUUUGGAAGAGCUCGAUCUGGACAAGAACCAGCUCCAGCGCAUUGAUCCUGCACAGUUUAAAGGCUUAGUGAACUUAACACAUCUCUACAUUAAAUCUAAUCAGCUGCGCUCAAUGGAGAAAGGGACACUGUUGCCUUUAAGAAACCUGAAACUUAUCCAUCUUAAUGAGAAUCCCUGGGAUUGCUCUUGCAAGUCCAUUUUGUACACAAGUCUGUGGUUCAACAAUAAUACUGUUCUGGUAGGAGAAACACCACUCAAAUGCUCCUCUGGCCGAGAUCUUUCCUAUCCAGCCCAUUUUCCAUCCUCAUUGUCACAGCACUGUACAAACACUGCCUAUUUCUCUGUGUACAGUCAUAACAUUGAGAUAUCAACAGUUUUCAUUGCGUUCUCUCUGGCUUUUCACUUCUUCACUGUAUGAAUUGCUGUGCAAGCCUUUCAUAUGUGGUUAAGGUGCUAAGAAAAAAAACCAACCAGAGCUUGUAAGCAAAUAACCAAGCUGACCUAUUUUGAAUGCAUAUGCUGACAGAAAUCAAACAAAGAAUUUACAUGACAUGACAUUGUAAAUAUGAUGGAUAAUACGUAAAGUGCAUGACACGAUUAUUUCAUAGAGGCCAAAAGGGAAAUUCCACUUACUCAUUUCAUAACUUAUACCUUGAAUUCACUUAUUCGGGUGUUUCUAAGAAAUGGCUGCAAGCUGUGGUUGUGUGGCUGUAAAACUAGGUUGGAUCCUAGGUUGCAUUUUUUUCAUAUUAGUAAUUUCUUUUAUAAUUUUGUUGUCUUGAAAAAUCAGCAAAUUAAUGAAUCCAUAAAAAUGUACAGUAUAAAAAUGCUUUAAUAAAACAAUGGUGGUUACACUUUAUAAUAUGUUGUAUUUGUUAAAAUUGGUUAAUGCAUUAGCUAAGAUGAACUAACAAUAAGCAAUGCUUCUACAUAUUUAAUAAUCAUAGGUCAUGUUCAUUUCAGCUUUUACUAAUUUAAAAAAGUUAACAUUAAUGCACCAUUAACUAACAUGAACAACUGUAUUGGUAUUAAAGGGGACAUAUCAUGAAAAUCUGACUUUUUCCAUGUUAAAGUGCUAUAAUUUAGUACCCAGUGCUUCUAUCAACCUAGAAAAUGUGAAAAAGAUCAACUCAUUAACUAAGUUUUGGUAAAGCGUUCUCUGCAAGCAUUUGAAAAAAUAGGUCAUUGAAAUUUGGCUCCCCCUGUGAUGUCAGAAGGGGAUAAUACCGCCUCUUUAUCUGUACUAUCCAACCACGGCACUGCCAUUUAGAUCAUCUCAUUUGCAUUUUAAAGGACACACCGAAAACAUCACAUUUUUGCGCACACCUACAAAGUGUCAAUUUUAACAUGUUAUAAUAAAUUAUCUACGUGGUAUUUUGAGCUUGAAUUCACAUAUGUACUCUGGAGACACCAAAGAUUUAUUUUACAUCUUAAAAAAGUCUUGUGUAAUGUCCCUUUUAACAAAGUUUAAUAAAUGUUAAAAACCUUUAUUGCUUAUUGUAACUUCAUGUCAAUUAAAGUUAGCAUUUACAAAAGUUAACAAAUACAACCUUAUUGGAACCUUAUUUGUAUAAUUCCUUCAGACUUUUUUGUUUUGUUUAAAUUUUGACAAUAUAAAUUAGGGUUUUUUAAAUCUUUUUUUCAGCCGAAUGCCUUUGAUAAUUGAAAAGCACAUAAGCAUGUUUAGCAACUUUAAAAACAUUUAUUUUUCAUUAGUUUUAUCAAUUAUAUUUUUACAAUUUUAUUGUUAUUAUUGCCCGUUAUUGGACCUUCGUCUGGUAAUUUUCUUUUCCUGGUACAUAAAACGUACCUUGUCCAUUUUGUAUGAGUUCUCAGUUUUCUGAUAAAUUGUAGUGCUGUGUAAUGGCAAUGACAUUCAAAUUAAACAAAUAAAAUAUAUCAUUUGUGUAAGUGUGUGUUAUUUUUUAAUUAUUUUUUUUACAUUUUAUGUUUAAAGGCGCUCUAAGCGAAUCUGUGUGACAUCACUUCUUGUUGACUU